AUGACAUCAUCCCAUAGCGUGAGAUUUUUUACAAUGAUGGCAACAAUUUCCGUUGUUGUUGUGUUCUUCAUAAUGAUGAGUCAAAUUGAAUAUUCCAAUGCGACCCUCAUUCAUUUAACAAGAGAUCAUCGUUUUUGUUUACAUGAACACUUGAGUGAGAAUACUCCUUUCAAAGUUUCAGUAACUACUGCUUUUUCUAUUGCUGAUUCCAUUCAUUUCACGGUUAUGGAUCCAUUCGGUCAGACCUUGAAGGAUGAACGAUUGGAAUCAUUACGAAAGAACGUGUAUCAUUUGAAGGCCAGAUCCGAUGUUACUGGCGAAUAUGAAUUGUGUUUCACUUAUAAUUCUCAAUUUGCCGAGUUUACAUAUGUCGAUGUGAAGGUUGAAGUUGACGUUCAUCAUCAUACUUUGGGUGAGCAUGAAAGUGUGGAGAAAAUUGAAAGACUUAACAACUUGUUGCAAGAUGUCAAGCAACAAAUUCAAUUAGUGUCAGACGAGCAGAAUUAUUUCCGUGUGAGAGAAACUCGAUUCCGUGACACUACUGACAGCACCUAUGAAAGAACCUUUUGGCUUGGUUUUGUGAAAUUUAUUCUUCUAGUUGUCGUGACUGUUUGGCAAUUGUAUAAUCUUAGAGGCUUCUUCAAAACAAAGAAACUCAUUUAA